AUGGCUAGAUGGUUUCCUUUCUUCUCUUCUCCUCCGUCAGAUUCUCCGGCGAAUCAAUCCUCGUCUGAGUCCAAACCAGAGCGCGAUGAGCCCAAAGGCUCGGGCUUUGAUCCCGAGGCUCUGGAGAGAGCUGCGAAGGCUCUUAGAGAGAUCAACAGCUCUCCUCACUCCAAACAGGUGUUUGAUCUCAUGAGGAAGCAAGAGAAAACUCGAUUAGCUGAGUCAGCAGCUGACAAGUCUCGUAACGAUGCUAUUCGAGCACACAGUGAUAUUGAGAGACAGCAGAGAUUAGCAGAGGCACAGAGAAGCCUUUUGCAGACAGAAGCACUAACCAAAGCUCAGACUCUUCGGUACGAGGAUGAGUUAGCCAGAAAGAGGCAGCAGACAGAUCACGAAGCGCAGAGACAUCACAACGUCGAGUUGGUGAGGAUGCAAGAGGAGUCUUCCAUGAGGAAAGAGAGAUCGAGGAUCUCAACAGAAGAGCAGAUCCAAGCUCAGCAACGCCAGACCGAGAAAGAGAGAGCUGAGCUCGAGCGAGAGACCAUUCGAGUCAAAGCCAUGGCUGAAGCUGAAGGGAGGGCUCACGAGGCCAAGCUUACCGAGGAUCAGAACAGAAGGCUGCUUAUGGAGAGGAUAAACGGUGAGAGGGAGAAGUGGCUUGCUGCAAUCAACACCAUGUUUGGUCACAUCGAAGGAGGGUUCAGGACUCUGUUAACGGAUCGGAAUAAGCUGAUUGUGGCUGUUGGUGGUGCUACAGCGUUGGCUGCAGGUGUUUACACUACUCGUGAGGGAGCUAGAGUCACAUGGGGAUACAUUAACAGGAUGCUUGGCCAACCAUCACUUAUCAGAGAAUCUUCAAUGGGUAGGUUUCCAUUGGCAGGCACAAUGUCUCAGCUGAAAAACAGAAUCUCAGGGGCAGCAGCCUUAUCUGCAGCCAAAGGAUCAAAGCCGCUUGACAAUGUAAUUCUCCAUCCUUCUUUAAAGAAGCGAAUCGAGCAUCUGGCUAGAGCUACAUCGAACACCAAGUCACACCAAGCACCGUUCCGCAACAUGAUGUUUUAUGGACCUCCUGGUACUGGUAAAACUAUGGUGGCAAGAGAAAUAGCUCGAAAAUCGGGUCUGGAUUAUGCUAUGAUGACAGGAGGAGAUGUUGCUCCUUUGGGAUCACAAGCUGUUACUAAAAUCCAUCAGAUAUUUGAUUGGGCUAAGACGUCUAACAAAGGUUUACUUCUUUUCAUUGAUGAAGCUGAUGCUUUCCUAUGCGAACGUAACAGCGUUUACAUGAGUGAGGCUCAGCGUAGUGCUCUGAACGCUUUACUCUUCAGAACCGGUGAUCAGUCCCGAGACAUUGUUCUCGUCUUGGCUACCAACAGACCUGGAGAUCUCGACAGUGCGGUUACAGACAGGAUAGAUGAAGUCAUUGAGUUCCCACUUCCAGGUGAAGAGGAACGUUUCAAGCUACUCAACCUCUAUCUCAAUAACUACUUGAAGAAGAAUGAAGAGAACAGAGAUACAAAGCCUAAAUGGAGUCAUUUGUUUAAGAAGCUGUCACAGAAGAUUAGAGUUGAAGAUGACUUGACUGAUAAAGUGAUCUCCGAGGCUGCGAGGAAGACUGAAGGAUUCUCUGGCCGUGAGAUCGCAAAGCUUGUGGCUGGAGUACAAGCUGGAGUGUACGGAAGGAAGGACUGCGUGUUGGAUUCUCAGCUUUUUAAAGAGAUUGUUGAGUAUAAAGUUGAAGAGCAUCACCAGAGGAUUAGGCUUGCUUCUGAAGGUUGUCAGCCAUUACUCUUCUCUUAAGCCAUUCUUUUUGGUUUAUAUUUGUUAUUUACUAAUUUAAAAAAUCACAAAUCCAAUUUUUUUUUUUUAGUAAAAAUAUUGUGCUUAAACAAUUUGGAUU